AUGGAGUACCGCGACAAGCUGGUGCUCGCGCCCAUGGUCCGCGUGGGCACCUUGCCAUUUAGGCUACUGGCUGCUGAAUAUGGUGCUGAUAUUACUUAUGGAGAAGAAAUUAUUGAUCACAAAUUGUUGAAGUGUGAGCGUGUUACAAAUGAAUCUCUUGGGACUACUGAUUUUGUGGAGAAAGGGACUGACAGUGUAGUUUUCCGUACAUGCCCAGAAGAAAGGGGUAGGGUUGUAUUCCAAAUGGGCACAUCAAAUGCUGUGAGGGCACUUAAAGCUGCUCAGCUUGUGUGCCAGGAUGUUUCUGCUAUAGAUAUCAACAUGGGCUGUCCAAAGUCUUUUUUGCUUAGUGGAGGGAUGGGUGCUGCCUUACUCUCCAAGCCUGAGCUUAUACAUGAUAUUUUGACAAGAUUGCUGAGGAACUUGGACACAACAGUGACUUGUAAAAUCCGUCUUCUGAACACACCUAAAGACACUGUGGAGUUGGCACGCCGGAUUGAGAAAACUGGUGUUCCUGCUCUUGCUGUCCAUGGAAGAAAGAUUAAAGAUAGACCAAGAGAUCCUGCCAAGUGGGAUGAGAUAGCCGAUGUUGUGUCAGCGCUGUCAAUUCCUGUUAUAGCUAAUGGAGAUGUCUUUGGGUAUGAGGAUUUUAAGAGAAUUAAAGAUGCUACAGGUGCUGCUUCUAUUAUGGUUGCUAGAGGUGCCAUGUGGAAUGCCUCUAUCUUUUGUGGGGGCGUACCCAGUGCAGAGAGCUUUCGCUCUGUGCAGGGUUUGGGAAAGGGUGUUAGUGGCAAGCCUUACCCUCGCUUGUGCAAUGCGAGGAGACCGCGACUCGAACCCGGGACCUUCCGGUCACAGGCGGUAAGACUCUACCGCUUGCACCAGGCCCGCCUCUAUCUUUUGUGCCAAAGGAAAAACACCUUGGGAGGAUGUCAAGAGAGAGUAUGUAAGAAAGAGCAUAUUGUGGGACAACGAUGUGAAGAGCACGAAACAUGCCUUGAAAGAAAUGAUAAUGCACUAUUCUUUUCCUUGAACUGCCUGAGGGGAAAGCUUCUGCUUGGAUUCCUAUCUCACUUUUUAUUAAUGGGAUUAGGAGGAAUCUGCCCUGCCACCAAGGAAAACGAGAUUUGCCAUUUUGGCGCUGUCUGGACUUAG